GGUUUACAAAAAUAAAGGUCUACUUGGUUUACAAAAUCAACUUCUUAAUGAUAUCCAAGAGGGAGCAAAUCAAAAGAUAAGCAAUAUUCGCCGAGGAGCCCAUGUGAUAAAAAAUAGUCUUUCCCUUCAAAAGGCUCUUAUUGUUUUUGAUGAUGUUGAUUAUAUGGGCCAAUUAGAAUUUUUAGCUGGAAAUCAAACUUGGUAUGGUAAAGGAAGUAGAAUCAUCAUCACAACUAGAGAUAAACGAUGCCUAACUAUGCUUAAUGUGGAUUACCUAUAUGAGGUUGAAGAACUAAAUUCCAAUGAAGCACUUGAGCUCUUUAGUCAAUAUGCCUUUCGAUCAAAUCUUCCAAAAGAUGAUUUUGAAAAUCUCUCACAUCAAGCGGUACAAUAUUGUGAAGGUCUUCCAUUAGCUUUGAGAGUUUUGGGUUCUUUUUUAUAUGGCAAGACAAUACGUGAAUGGGAAAGUGAACUACACAAAUUGGAAAAAGAACCUGAAGUGGAAAUUCAAAAUGUGCUUAAAAUAAGCUUUGAUGGAUUAGACAUUACACAACAGAUGAUACUCCUUGACAUUGCUUGUUUUUUUCAAGGUGAAGAUAAAGACUUUGCUUCAAAAAUAUGGGACGGUUAUGAGUUGUAUAGUGAAAUAAAUAUAAAAGUUCUAACGGAGAGAUGUCUUAUAACUAUCUCAAACAAUAGGCUACAUAUGCAUGGUUUGAUCGAGAAAAUGUGCAAGAAAAUUGUUCAAGAACAUCCCAAAGACCCUAGCAAAUGGAGCAGAUUAUGGAAUCCAGAUGAUAUAUGUUGUAAAUUUGAAAGUGAAGAGGGGAUGGAAAAUGUUGAAACCAUUUCUCUAGACUUGUCUAGAUCAAAAGAAAACUGGUUCACUACAAAAAUAUUUGCCCAGAUGAAGAAAGUGUUUGCCAAGAUGAAAAAACUAAGAUUACUCAAAGUCUAUUAUAGUCUUGGCGAUGAGCAUAAAAUGUCUCUUCCUAAAGACUUUGAAUUUCCUCCUAAUUUAAACUAUCUUCAUUGGGAAGGUUUAGUGUCUUUGCCUUCAAAUUUUCAUGGAAAGAAGCUUGUUGCAAUCAACUUGAAGUCUAGCAACAUAAAAGAACUUUUGAAAGCGGAGAAGUUAUAAUCAUUAUUUAAUUUC